UGCGGACGACGGGCACGACUCUGUCGACAGCGACUCCUCCUCCUCCUCCUCCUCCUCCUCCUCCAGGCGUCUUGCUGCUCGUACCCCAUGGCUCUAGCUUGAUCUGCCUCACGUUCAUAUCCAGAUUCUGGUAGAAUGCGUCCGAGGCGCCCCGCCGUGCGGGCUCGACACCAGCAGCUCGUCCCAUCACUACUUCUCCGAGACGAUGGCGACGGUAGCAAAACUACCGUCACCUCUCUCUCGACCGAGGUCGAGACCACGACAGACAAGAGCGGCUCGACCACUCUCUCGACGAGAGUGGUCACGUCGAAAAUAAUAUCAACCAUAACGUCGAGUUCUUCGACGACUUCGUCCUCGACGACCAGUUCCUCCAGUUCAUCGUCGGCCUCAUCUUCCAGCAGCAGUAAUUUGAGCUCUUCCGCGUCGAGCAGGUCUUCUUCUUCGAGCGCGUCGAGCCGGUCCUCUGCCUCUACCGCCUCCAUCACGAGUGCUUCGGCUCUGCAAGCAAGUACUUCAUCCCCUCCGGGUUCGUCCUCCACUUCAACGCCUCUCACGUUCGCGAGUUCAACUGGCUCCUCCACCGCAACCGGCAAUACAGCGACCUCUUCGACUCAGUCCCUCUCGUCGUCGUCUGGUUCGAAGAUACUUUCCACCGGCGCGAUAGUCGGUAUUUGUGUCGGCGGCGGCGCCGUUGUGAUCGUUUUGCUCAUUUUCAUCAUUCGAAAACGAUUCCUUCAUCGUAGAGAGAAGCGUGUGAACGACUGGCUCGUCGAGAGCAACUCCGGACCUGACACAGGGACCGCGGAGAAGACAGGCACAGGUGCCUCAAUAGUCUCUUCCACCGCGAUUACUCCCGACCCCCCACCAUCCGCUGUUAGUCGCAAUGCGAGCAUCAAUACAACCACGAGGAGUAUCCCCACGGGUCCGGCCGACGCUCCCAUGCCGCCGAUGCGGCUGUAUGCUCCUCCACAGCCACAAAAUCCGUAUGGGAACCCUAGCCCAAGAACGGCAGCACAGCAAUUGCAUCCUGCGUCGGUUGCCCAGCCUCCCUCGAUGAUGUACAACAGCGGGUCAAUGGCGCCCUAUGGCAACUCGAACCCUCCCGUUCCCUACGGCAACCCCGUGCGAAUCCCGCCUCCGGCAGUUGCGCCGUACGCCAACUAUGCUGCGCCGUCGGCUGCUCCCUCGGCACCACCAGCAGCCCCGUCUUCCCUAGUAUACCCCGCCUCCCUCACGCCCGCGCGAUCGCCCGAGAACAGCGUGUCCUUUGCGCUCGUGCGCAACGCGUUUCUGCCUGGCAUGCCUGAUGAGCUGGCCGUGAACGCGGGCGAGAUGGUGCGCGUGCUCGCAGAGUACGAUGAUGGCUGGGCACUCUGUGCGAACCUCCGCGGAGAACAAGGUGUCGUCCCGCAGGAGUGCUUGCAGCGCCAGCGAGCGAAUCCUCAAGCCAGUAUGAGGAGUCGCGAUGAGCGGAUUGCGUUCAUGGGUGAUACCAGCAGCUCUGACAGAAGGAUGACGCGGCAAUAUGGAGCUCCUUCUGCCCCGGGUGCUUCUGGAAUGCGCUAUCAAUGAUUGCCUCUUGUAGAUGGUGUCCGGAGAUGUCAAAGUGUGUUCAAGCAGAUGAACUUUCUACAGAACUUUCUACCGUUCGAUAAGUUAUCCUUGAGCUAUUGUACGCUAUUUUCUGAAUUUCGUUCUUUUCGUCGCCCUUGUUCAUGAUCGUCAUAAUUGUAAUUUGUCCGGCUUGUAUUCAUUCGCCUUCAGUGAUACCUUUGUUCGCAUUACCCAUACGAUGUUGUUUGCUUUGGUUCUCUUUCUCCCAAGGGAACUCUUGUUUGUUCGCUUCACGCUCCGAACUUUUUACGAAGUACAUGUCCGACGUACAACAGCUGCGUUUUUACACGAUGGCGAACGGGUCCAAUGUAAAGUAGAACACGUUAUAUACAAUGUGUGAUUGUCAUGGCACGUAC